GCAGGUAUCUACUUAGGUAUCAUGCAACGCGGCGCCACGCAUCGCAGAUGUACUCUGUGUUUACAGCCUGAGAUGCAGGUAUCCCAAAUGAGGUGAGAAGAGGGGUUACCCCUCUUUUCAGCUUCCACAAGGAUUCUUGUAGGGGCCAUUUUGCAAGAUGUCGCAGGGGUUUGCUCCGCAUAGACUCGCCUUCCAUAUGAGUAGACCCGUUGAGCCUCAAUUUUCCAGGUCUACUGGUCCCCGCUGUUGCUAGCACAUACUCAGGCUAGACUACCUCAUAAAUUUGUACCAUCAAGCAGCUAAAUCUCGCAUCGGCUUUACCAACAAGGGUUGUCGUGCAAGCUUUCUGUAACCCUGACCCUCCAGUGACUCUCUUCCUGACCCAGACGGUGAAUUUCUGCCUGAGGACGAUGUCAGUGCAGCACUCGCUAGAAACCCCAUGUCUUACGGUUCACUGACCGGUGAUAAUGAGCAGGUCCACUAUCUAUUAUCAUGUACCGCUAGACCAAGAUAGCAUGUUUCGAUCGGCCGAUGUCCCGAGACCCGCAAAGAGACAACGAAGGGACAGUGUCGGCAAUUCAAAAGAAACUGUUAGUACGACCGAGAAGACGACCACCCAAGAGCGAUCCACUUCGGAAGCGGCUGUCUUGCUGGCCACGGGAACGAAACAUUACAAGCUAUUCGAGGCAACAGGCUCAUUAGAUGACCUGCAUGAGGCAUUCGAUGCCGUUGGCGAAGCAUGUCACGCUACAUCGAAAGGAAUUCCUGAUCAAACCUUUUCUUUGUUCCAUAAUCAAGAUGGAAAUUCCGACAUCCUGAAUGUAUUGCGAAGGGAUGUCGAGACAUUCGUCAACAUGGUUACAAGUCCUAGCAGCGGUCUGCAAACAGUCCAAUCUGCUCCUCAAGGUGAGACUAUCUACGCCAACACUCCACAGCAUCAUGGCACGGUUCAGUUGCUCCAAAUGGAUGAAACGCCGAGCAUAAGCAAGGAGAGUUCAGAUGCAACAAUGCAUGAACAGACAGCGCUGAUGGGUUGACUUAAAGUGGAAAUUGUACUUUCUUACUACGUUCUGCCACACAGCCUGUGAAGUUGUCUUUGAUUUGGUCAGGCAGAUUCUUUCACGGUCUUGUAAUUUUGGGUUCUUAGCUGGACCUUCUCUCUCAAGUAGAACUCGUCUGCUGACCCAGGAGUUAAAGUUGGAUGAGACAAUGCUUAGCCUGAAUAGGAUUUCAUUUUUAAUACAGUUCGUUUACAUGUAUAUAUGUACAUAAGUUGUCCUCCAGCUUGCUAUGAAUUCUAUUGCCUUUAACCCAAACACUAUCUUUA